AUGAGCCAAAAAAUAAACUUUGGAACAUAUGAUAACUACAUUCCAGUCAGUGAAUUAAGCAAAAAAUCAUGGAAUCAGCAACACUUUGCCCUGAGAUUUCCCAAACCACCAAGGCCAGGAAAAAAAAGAAGAUCAAAACCAUCCCAACUACGAGACAAUGCAGUUCCUAUAUAUGAUUCAGAAAAAAUAAAAGAAGUUUCUAAGCGACCGUUAUGGAUGCACAGUUCUUUAAUGAGAAUUUCUGAGAGACCAUCUGAUUAUUUAGCUGCCAGGAGGCAGCGUCCAUAUAAACCAACCCAUCAGCCAAAAGAAGAUACUAAGGUAACAGAUGUAGAAAAACCUGUAUAUCCAGAAACACCUAAGAAAGGUAAAGAAGACAAGCAAGAAGACACGAAGGACCUAUCAGAGUCAGAAACAGAACCCACAGUUUUAAAGGAGCCAAAAAUAACUAAGAAAGAGUCAAAGAAAGAUAAAGAUAUAGAAACAGGAACUAGAGAUGAAAAAGAUGUUGCAAAAACAGAUGCCAAAAAAGAAAGAAAAGCUUCAAAGGAGGGCAAGGAGUCAGGUACAGAAUCUGAAGAUGAAAAGAAAGAUGUCAAGAAAGACAAGAAAGCCUCAAAGGAGGGCAAGGAGUCAGGUAUAGAAUCUGAAGAUGGAAAGAAAGAUGUCAAGAAAGAGAAGAAAGCCUCAAAGAAGGACAAGGAGUCGGGUACAGAAUCUGAAGCUGAACAGAAAGAUGCCAAGAAAGAGAAGAAAGCCCCAAAGAAGGGCAAGGAGUCAGGUACAGAAUCCGAAGAUGAAAAGAAAGAUGCUAAGAAAGAGAAAAAAGCCCCAAAGAAGGGCAAGGAGUCAGGUACAGAAUCUGAUGCUGAAAAGAAAGAUGCCAAGAAAGAGAAGAAAGCAAAGGGCAAGGAGUCAGGUACAGAAUCUGAAGUUGAAAAGAAAGAUGACAAGAAAGAAAAGAAAGGCUCAAAGAAGGGCAAGGAGUCAGGGGCAGAAUCUGAAGAUGAAAAGAAAGAUGCCAAGAAAGAGAAGAAAGCCUCGAUGAAGGGUAAGGGGUCAGGUGCAGAACCUGAAGCUGAACAGAAAGAUGCCAAGAAAGAGAAGAAAGCUUCAAAGAAGGGCAAGGAGUCAGGGGCAGAAUCUGAAGAUGAAAAGAAAGAUGCUAAGAAAGAGAAGAGAGCCUCAAAGAAGGACAAGGGGUCAGGUGCAGAAUCUGAGGAUGAAAAGAAAGAUGCCAAGAAAGAGAAAAAAGCCUCAAAGAAGGACAAGGGAUCAGGUACAGAAUCUGAAGCUGAAAAGAAAGAUGCCAAGAAAGAUGCCAAGAAAGACAAGAAAGCCCCAAAGAAGGACAAAGGGUCUGCAGAAUCUGAAGAUGCAAAGAAGGAUAAGGAUGGGAAAAAAGAUACAAAAAAAACAGGAGAGAAAGAUGACCAAUCGAAAGACAAGAAAGAUGCAAAGAAAAAGGGGAGUAAAAAAGGUAAGAAAGAUGAAAAGAAGGCCAGUGGGACAGAUACUGAAUCAAAGGAUGGUGCCAAAAAAGAUGCCAAGAAGGAUGCAAAGAAGGAUGCCAAGAAGGAUGCCAAGAAAGAUGUCAAGAAGGAUGCCAAGAAGGGCAAAUAAACCUUGAAUAAUAAUUCAAAAGCAUUUGAUAACAAUUUUAAUAGUCUGAAACUGAAUAUGAGUGACAAGGGAAUUCAAAGAAUCAAAUAAUUUUUUAAAUGGGGCAAAGAAGAAUAUAAAGCAAGACCCAGAAAAGCAUCAUAAAAUAUAAGAAAGAUAUGAAAAAUUAAAAGUGAUGAAUCAUUGAAGGACUUGGA